AUGGAAAGUGCAUCUAAUAUUGAACUGGAGUGGGUUGAACACACAAAUUCAACAUGGGCUUUAAAAAAUUGUGAUAACAUCGCAAAUAGGGAUCUGGUCCAAUCGAUGUAUGAUGUUUUGUUACAAAACAAAGAAAUAAGAGUAAUUCCUUCGAGCGUAUCAUCUUACAACGAUGUUCAGGUACUUCCUACUUUUCAGUACGACCCGCCUUCUUUCAACGAUUUGAACCAUUACAUUACUACAUUGCUUACUUCCCAAUUACAACUAGCCAAAGACAUUUGUUCGUCCACUCAGUUUUCUGUGAUAUUGAAACAAAGGCUGUUACUACUAAAAAGAAUUUUCUACGCCUUAUUGAUGAAAUAUCACGAUAAGGAAAAAGGGGACAGCGGAUCAUGCGAGCCUGGAGUUAGCACUACUGUAGUACCAUUAAAACCAAGAGAGAUAGUUUCUGGCUCUCAAGCCCUAUUGGAAGUCGGCGUUAAAACAGGUUUAAGUUUGCUGUUCUCCCUCCUCAAGCAGAAUUGGCAAGUCAGCGGAAUCCUUGGUAUUCCUUGUCUGUGCAAUUCCGUUUUAGAAACUGCCGUAGAUUUAAUCGAGAAAUUGCCUCCUCUAUGUCUCUCCAACGAUUCCCAACUGACGAAUCUUGGCAUAAGCAGCUUAGACCAAGCGUGCAGUUUCCUGAAAACGGCAGUGUUAACGAAAAACUCUGCCGACGACAAUGGUAAAUUACUGUCGUGCGAAAUUCUCUUGAGCUUAGCCAUGCAAAGAGGAUCAUUGAGAUACCUGUUGGAGUGGAUUGAUAUGGCAUUGGAGGCGUCUUGUAACGAACCCGCACUAUCUAGUAAAAUGGUGAAAAAAGCGAUAUUGCAACUACAACGGUACAAGAGCAAGGAAAAGAUUCCAAUGGAACAAGACAGCGAUGAAAUGGUAAUACAUACAGCUGCUGUUUCGCUAAUGGAGGUAUUGGUUAACAUGGCAGUCGAUUAUGGGGGAGCGUGUUCCGCGGUAGAAACUGAUUCAGAAUUAGGUGUUUACGAAAAGAGCGACGUUUACGUUUGGGGAAGCAAUUCCUCCCAUCAGUUGGCCGAAGGUAGUAGUCAAGAAAAAAUUUUGCUUCCAAUCAAAUCAAAGGUUUUCAACAAAGUACAGCAGAUUGAAGCUGGUCAAUAUUGUACGUUUGUUAUUCAUUGGGAUGGUUACGUAAGCGCAUGCGGCAAGGGCAGCUAUGGACGUUUAGGUUUGGGUGAAUCCUCCAAUCAAAGUCUUCCCAAACGGAUAUUAUUGGACGCCGUCGUCAAAAAGCUUUCUAGUUCUAAAGGGAGCGACGGGCACACUCUAGCCUUGAUGGAAAAUGGACAGGUGUACAGUUGGGGUGAUGGUGAUUACGGGAAAUUGGGGCAUGGAAAUUCCGCUACUCACAAGCAACCCGAAAGAAUCGGGGGCCCGUUUUUGGAAAAAACUAUUAAAUUCAUUAACGCAGGAUAUAGGCAUAGCGCAGCAAUAACUGACGAUGGUAAGCUUUAUACUUGGGGUGAAGGGGACCACGGCAGAUUAGGGCAUUUAGACAAUACCGGUCGACAUGUUCCUACUUUGGUGCAAGACUUGGCUAACGUCGAAGUGGGUUCAGUAGCCUGUGGCAGUUCUCAUACACUUGUCGUGUCGAAAGAUGGAAAAACCGUUUGGUCAUUUGGAUCCGGCGAGAAUGGCAAAUUAGGACACGGCGAAAUUGCUAAGGUUUACAGGCCAAAGGUUAUCGAAGCCUUGCAAGGUUUAAUAAUACAAAAAGUGUGCGCCGGAACAUCCUUCUCGAUGGCCCUUACCACUAUGGGUCAAGUUUACACAUGGGGCAGCGGACCGAUUCUAGGAAUGGGUUCUGCCGAUGCAAUUUGUCUCAGACCGCUUCUGGUUGAGGAUUUGACAUCAUACAGAAUAAUCGACAUUUCAGCCGGUGACACACAUUGUUUGGCACUCAGCGAUGAAUAUUUAGUCUUUGCAUGGGGUACCAACAGCAUGGGCCAAUGCGGUCAAGGCCACUCAUCGAGUCCUAUAAACCGGCCUCUUAAAGUCAUUGGUUUGGAAGGUGUACCAAUUCGACAAAUCAGCGCUGGUACAUCUCAUUCUGUUGCUUGGACUUCCAUUCCGUCUGAGAGCCCGCACAUCACUAAACACAGGCCGUUCUGUUUGGAUUUACACGAAAAAACGUUUGAAUUUUUGAAAAUAUUUUUGGAAAAGUAUACAGUCAGUUUCGAUUACAAGAGUCCUCCGCUUCCGUUCAAAACGCCAGAAGAGCACACGAAGUUCGUUUUGUUAACCUUGAAACUGCUUAGUACUCAUUUGAAUUUGUGCAUUAACGGCAAUUUGAAUACCAACGCCUUGAAUGCGCACGCCAAAGUAUUGCGAACUGCAUUAUUUAGGUUAAUAGACAUAGAAGCACCUUCUGAAAUACACAACACCGCCAGAGACGUCCUAAAUAUCGGGGCCCCGUUACUGCUGCCCCAAUUGAACGAAAGAGUGGAAUUUCUGCACGUUCAUUUAUCGAGCGGUAACCAAUUAUCGCAGGGUCAACAGAUGCUCUUGGGAAUAAUUUUGAACAGCUUAGAAGAUCCAAUGCAUAUCGCCACAAUGCUGGGUUACAGCAGUAUUCCAGAGAAAAUCGAUAACUUGCAACUUACCGGUACUUUAAUGCAUACGUUGUUGAAGUCUUUCACUAAAAACACUGAAGAGACUUUAGACAGCAUAUUAAACUACAUGUCUAUAACUACGAAAUUCAAAUGGCAAGCGCCGGGUAACUCUAAAAUUUGCAACCUACAACGUCUACUGUCCUCGCUGCAAAACCACAUGCUGGCUCAUUAUACGAAUUUAUUGGCGAAUCAGUUCGCGGGCUCCGAAAGUGACAUAUUCUCGACACACGUCGACGACGUUUUCAAAUUCGCCGCGAAAAUUUUAAAUCGGGCCGCCAACAUUUUAAUAAUGUACCCUUCGAGCCUCGAGCUGUUGUAUAACGUGCUACUGGAGUCCGUAACCGGAGCCAUGCUAUUCAAAAUAUUGAAUUCCCUGUUGCUUAUGCCCGUUUCCUACUCCAAGGAUUUGUAUCCCGCUCUAUUGGAGUUGCUUGAUCCGAUAGAUCGCUUCAAUCAGCUGUUGCCCAGAGAAUUGCUGAACAGUGAAAAGGAUUCUUCCAGAAGUGAGACUCCUACAUUAGACCAAUUAGCUGAACAAUCUUGGGUGUGGAUAGUGGACUUGCAAAAGACUUGCUCGUUAGUAAUAGGUCAUUGUUUGGGGGGUUUGCUAGUAGGCGAGCCGCCCACAGAAGUCGAACUGGCUUGCCGAAAUUGGCUCUCGAACGAACUAUUUUCCAACGGUAUAACCGAUACAAGUUUCGAAGAAAACGUUUUAGUCGAACUGUCGUAUUUGGCGACAGUCACGACGCCCGAACGGUUUCUAAUCAAAUUGGAACAUUUACCGGAUUCGGUGGAAAGUCUGUGCAAAUUGGCGUUCAACCUGCCGUGUCAAUACGACGAGGCUUGCGCCUUUCCGCCCAACGAGUUCCCGGACAACGACAAUUUCUUCGUUAGAUUGAUGGAAGACAUCGAAGUGGAAUCGUGGGAAUUCGAAGACGACGUCAAAAAGUUAUUGGAUACGGUGACAAAGUGUUUUUUAAUGACGGUGCUUAAGCAGUUGGGGCUUUUGGAAAAGACCGAUAGUCAUGUAGCGAUCAAAGAGAUUUUCAAAAGCGUUCUUGUUUUAAGGCAAAAAGUGAUCGGCAUGAUUUAUUGCAAGGAAUACCAAGACGAAAUUGUGGAUGUAGUCGGUGCUGAAAACGAGCCGGCGGAUAAUUUCGUUAAAGAAAAUUUUCUGUUGGUCGAAAACAACGAGCAGAAUUUUAAGAGUUCUUGCCAGGAGAUAAUAGAGAGAUGCUUGUUUCUACUAAUGUAUGUAAGAGGUAUAGAAGUGGAUAUUUCGACGAGUCCCAACAACGAAUCGGAUAUCGAAAUAGAGAAGCCGUAUAUCGAAUUUUACAAGCCGAAUAAAGAGUCUGCUUCAUUGAACGAUCUGAGAAAAAUUUGCCAUUCUUUUCAAAGCUUCGUUUUAAACGAACCAUUGGAGAAAGUAAGGAAACCGUUAGAGAAGAAAAAUAACGAUGCUAACGGUUGGUGUACCGACGUAUCGGUUAUGUACAGAGCGUUGAUGGAACAGAAAAAUAGAGCUCGCGCUAGGUUCGAAAGUUUAGAUCAACUUUUAUAUCAGCUGGUUACCCGAGAAACUUCUCUUACCGUUUUAAAUUGCAUACAACAACAACUGCUCGAAGGUUCUUUCGGGUUUUUCAAUAUAAAAAGCGAAGAUUCCUGCACUCAACUUCAUCAUUAUUUGGAGGGUGUACAAGCGGCUCCUUUGGAAAUCCAAGAAAAAAUACGAAAUGUCGUACACUGCAUUUAUCAAUUUCUAACUCAAUCUUUAAAGCGGCAGAUUUUCAAUAAUUCCGAUAACAAACAACUUUUAAUUACCACGAUAUUUUCUUUAAGUACCAGAUACUUAUCGAACGACCUGCCGAUCGUUAUAAACCAAGAUCUCUUACAACUGCUAAUGAAACUCAUCAACUUCCAUUUGAUGCCGACGAAAUUCGUUAAUAAAUCGGAAUUGCUGAGCCUGGCCGCAUUGAGGCUAACCCGAAUUCUCGCCAUGUCUUGCUGCGUUCAUUCCAAGAAAACGGACUCGUCGACGUUGGAAAACGUCGUUAAUGUGCUGUAUGAACAGUUCGUGAAAACCAAAAGCAUCGACGAAAGCUGCCAGAACAUCGUCGGCGCCGUUUGUAUGAAUUUCAAUGGUGACGACGAGAGGAGCCUCGGCGAUUUUUUGCUUUUUUUGAGGAUCAUUUCGUCCAGUGCCGCCAUACAGAAAUUGCUCGCUUCAAAGAAAUGGAUUCACUCGUUGCUCACCAUAUUGGACGCUUCGAAUGCGUUCAUCAACUACUCGUCGUUACUGAAAACGUUGAGGCCAAAAUUGUUGAUUUUGCAGCUACUUCAAGUUAUUUUACCGGGUUUACAAGCGGUUCACAUCGACGACGAUUUAAGAAAAUACAUCAUUAACAAGUUGUUCAAUCAGAUAAGCCAAGAGAUGUGGAGCGUGCCCAAAGGUGUUAUUGAAGCUCCAUCGUCUGCCAGCUGUGAUAUCACGGAAAGCGAAUUUUUAGACAGUAAAAUUAAUAAGGACGUGGGUGGCAACGUCCCUGUUCACGAUAUGGGUUUUGACCCGGAAAAAUGUUACAAUUGCACCAUCGAAGGUAAUUUGACUCUGGUACACGGCAGCAUCGGAAGGGGCUACGGUUUAGCGUUGCAACCUAUAAGAUCGGGCUGCUACCAAUGGAAAAUACUCAUAGUUAAGGAAAAUAGAGGCAACGAGGGCACAUGCAUUGGCGUAUCUAAAUAUCCUGUCAAAGAUUUCAGCCACCGUUCCACGAGUGACAUGUGGCUGUAUAGGGCGUACAGCGGAAGUUUAUAUCACAACGGCGAAAGAGACAUGAGCUUCCAAAGUUAUACUCAAGGUGACUACAUUACCGUAAUAUUAGACAUGGAUGCGAAGACGUUGAGUUUCGGUAAAAACGGAGAAGAACCGAGGAUCGCGUUUGAAAACAUUAACGCCUCCGAGCUGUAUCCGUGCGUUAUGUUUUACAGUUCGAAUCCGGACGAAAAAGUGAAAAUUACUGAUAUGAAGGUACAUUGUACGCAAAGGGAUUUGUUACCGGGUGAACCGAAUUUAGCGCCGCUGCAUGCCGUUUUGGUUGAAUCCUACGUGAUGCUUCUAAGGAAAUUGCACAACGCCAGUACAUGGACAGAAGACGUCAAUGAGGCUCUAAUAACAAGACUGAAUAAAAUAGAAAGUUUGUUUCCUGUUAUCGGUACUCACAACAUAGACAACAACAUCGAAUUGACCCAAGAAAAGAUCGGCGAAUUGAAAUCCGACAUAGAAAGCGAGGAAUUGUGCAAUAACGUUUGGGCCGCUCUCGUAGUCAUAGCCGGCUUGGAUAGAGGUUUGAGAAUGGGGGGAAUUUGCAAGCACAAAAUUACGGGCAAGAAGGCCGUCGUUCUGGGCAUAUUGAAAAAGGGCAUUACGACGGUAAACGUUCAAUGGGAAUGCGACGGCGGCGUAUCCGACGUCACCAUUUCGAAUUUGGAUUUCGUCGAGCCGACGCCGUUUUCCGUAAACAAAUUCAAUCGUAUGACGCCGCAUAUAUUACUGCAAAUCGCCAGAUUGAGCGGCGUAACCAACGAAAUAAUUAUGCCGAAUUUCGAACUCACCGAAGACGAGCAAAUACUGUUAAAUCCGAAUAAAGGGCAAGGAUUCGCCGUUCCGGAACAUUUAAGAUGCAGUUCCGAUUCCCAAAUCGUAAAUCAAAAUCCCAACGAACGUCCUAGGACCAUGGAAUCGUUGACGAACGAUAUGGUCUCCAGUAUCUUGGGCGAGGUGAAAACGUACAUGGGCACCGAGAAAAUAGGCGGCUCGCAAAGCGAGUCGAAAAUCAAGGACGGCGGCGAUGCGAAAACCGAAAACGAGUGCGAUAGCAUGCAAAGCAAUUUGUUGGAGAAAAAAAUGUUGGACAGAGAAGAGGAGGUACUGAAAUUGGCCAUUUUGCAAUUUUCAGCGAUGAAAGUUUUGGGUGUAUUCAUUACGUCUUCGUCGUUUGCCGAACUCUUUCUUUCGAAUAACAAGUCUAAAUCUGAGGAUGUCGAUUGCGUGACUAGAAUAAUGCACGCUCUGGUCGAUAAAAGCAUCGAACAGUGUAAAUUGGAAAAUAUAAUUGAUAUGGCCGACACAGAAAGAGCGGAGACCGUUUUGCACAUGAAUUACGUGAAAAGCCGUUGUUUGGAAGAGAAGAAAACUCUAAUGCCUAGCAGUACUAGUAAAAUAGAUAAUUCCGUCAUUAGUCUACCCAGUUCGGCAGUAGUGGCUGAAAGUAGCGAUCAAUCGAGAAAAACAUCCUACUUAAUGUUGAAACCUCAAAAAAGGGAUCCUUUUGUUCCGAAACCGCCAUCUUCGUUAAGCGCUCACACUAGCAUAGCUCCAUACAGUUCGACGUAUUCAUCCUCAUUGAAUCCCAAUCCGAACGUGGCCAAUAUCAGAACCCGGCUUAUAUUCAGUUCGGAAUCGGAGGAGAAUUUUUCGGGCACGCGCAGCAUGACGUCGAAUACGCAGGCUACGAAUACGCCGCCCAUCGUUCUGCCCCUAUUAGAAAUGGGAUUCACCAUCAAACACAUACAAAAGGCGUUGAGAGAGACCAAAUACGCCGGCGAACUCAACGCCCACACGGUCAACAGUUUGGUCACUUGGAUGCUCGAACAUCCUUACCUCGAUCUCAGCGAGGACGAAGGCACUUCGAACAGAGGCAAUUGGUUGAGGACCUUAAUCGAUCGACCUCAAGACGCUACCAGACCGCAGAGUUUGGAAGGCUCCGACAUCGAGCUGAUCCAAAGAAGAGGUUUGACGACGAGAAGGCGCGGUUCCGAUUUGCGGAACUUUUUCGAACGAGUCGACAGGGCGUUCUACGAAAGGUUCAGGGAGAGGCAGCACGUCAGAGGCGAGGCCAACCCGCUUUUGAGAAAUCCAUCGGUGGAGGAUUCCAGCAGCGAUAACGCCACGCCGACUUCCAACGAAAGCGUCGAUAAGCAACAACAGUUGACCAACACGCACUUGCAGGCUCCCGACAUCAUCUUCAACGAAUACGACACGACCGAAGUGGACGUCCAAUUGGCCAAGUUCACCAUGCCGAAUUGCGACGACGCCGAAUUGACGAAAACCUACUUGGGAACGAACGAACUGACGGUAGAGACGUUCAAUUUGCUCAGAUUCGAUCCGCUCGGCACGAAUGCGGUACCGAAGUCGGCGAACGACGGCGAAGACAAACCGAAAACCAGAAAUCGAUCGGUCGGCGGCCAGGCCAUGUCGUUAAACUCUUCUUUGGAACGGAUCAUGGCGUUGAAACACCUGACGAUUACCUCGCACAUUCUUCUAUCGCGGACGAUCAUAUUGAACGUAUUGUCGGUGUUGUCGAUAAACACGGACUACGCGUCAUUGGUGACGUGCUUAGAAUCGAUCGGAUUGUCCGACAUCACCAAAGUCAUACGACUGAUGACCCUGACCGCCAUGAAUCGCAUCGAGAUCAACAACAUCAAGAACAACCAAGACAUACCGACGUUCCAGUUGCCCAAAGGCUUCUCGCAAUUGGUCUCGAACCUUUCCAGUGCGGCGAAGAACUGCUUGAGCUACUUGAGCGUCAGCAUAGCGGCGUUGGCGCGAAACGAAAUCACCUCGUCGAAUCUGGUCGUCGACAUGUGCACCAAGGAUCUCAUUAUGUACGCUUUGGGUUUCGUCGUUUCGAAAUCUGGAUUCGCCGUGACGCAGGCUUUGGUCAACAUCCUGUCGACGCACGGCGGUUGCUCCUUGAUGGAGUCGGACGCGCCGCAAAGUCCACGGGCCGACGGCAGGGACAUCGGACCGUUGACGUUGGUCAACGCCUUGGCGGCGUUCGUUUUGUCCAGCAAAGUCGACCACGUCAGCAAACAGUGGGCAGCUCAGCAACUUUUUAAGUCAUUGGCGACCAAAAUCCAAAUGAUGCCCGGUCCGAGCGUGGAUCAGACGAAUUUCGCCGAUCUGUCGGGCUUCAUGCCGAAACAGAACGCUGCGUAUUUAGAAGGACACGACAACAGAGUUGCCGUAUUGGCCUGGCACGAACGGAGCGGAUUAUUGGCGUCUUCCGGAUACGAUGGUACCGUCAGGCUUUGGACGGUGCAAUCGAAAAAACAACCUAUCCUCGAUUCGACGUUGGUAUUUCACGUGUCUACGGACGUUUUCGGCAGCGAAUUACAAGAUAGGCUCAUCGGUCACUUAAAAUGGUCGCCGAUGGGAAAUUUCAUCGCCGCCGCUUUGGAUAACGUUAUCAACAUAUGGCCGUUGAAGAAAUGCGAAAACGUCAAUUGUUAUAACGAUUGGAUCAUCGAGGACCAAAAGGAAUUCAUAACGACGAUGACGUGGCCGAAAAAUAAAGACGAAACCACCUGCGUAAAAGAUUAUCUGAUUGUCGGUAAAAUUGACGGAUCGGUUUCUAUGAUAACGUUAACGGAGGAUAGCAAACAAGUAUCCGUUCUUCAGGAAUUCACUAUGACCAGAUCUGUGGUUCAAAUCGAUUGGCAUAAAGAAGACGAACCUUUUGCCGUGGCUUAUUACGAUGGGACCAUCAAGCUCGGUUGGGUGACGAACGAAAAUCACGCAGUGACUUGUAACGCACACGGUAACACGAUAACCGCCAUCCAAUGGGAUCCCAGAGGAAUUCUUCUCGCAUCCCUGUCGAUGGAUAUGACUUGCAAAAUAUGGAUGUUAGUGGAAGAAAAGUUGGUUCAGGUUCAUUCGUUGAUUCAAACGUACGAACCAAUCAGUUUGGUUUGGUCUCCUUUGAUAGGGAAAGGAUCUAGGCCGUUAUUACUAGCGAUCGGUAGCAAUAACGGUACUGUAAAUGUUUGGAAAUUACCCGACGAAAAGAAUGAACGCUGCAAAGUUCCCGUGCAAGUGAUUGGUGCACAAGGUCAUUCCUACAACGGAGUUUCUUAUCUUUCUAUAGACAAGAGUGGCCUUUUAUUAGCCAGCGGUUGUUUUAAAGGACCCAGCGGCGUUGUAAAUAUUUGGUCAUUAAAUGACGGGACUCUCGUUCAUACUAUAACAGGAAGCGGCGGCAUCGGUGUAAACGGAAUGCAUUGGCUGAAUGUCGAUAAUUAUUUAACGAUAGCAUUCACUCGAUCGAAAACCAUUUGCUUUCUGAAUUAUAGCCAACAAGAUCUAGUCAAUAAUCUUCCGUUGGCGGCGGUACGGUGUGCUCUUAUUAAAAAAGGAUUUAAAGGCUUGAAAUUAGCGCCGUUCUUCAAAGUGUUCGUCAACAUGCUGCCCAAAAUGCUCCUGGAACAAUACAACAGCGAAAAGUUAACGGUACACACCGGCGCCCGUUUGAUGCAUUCCAUUUAUCUGAAGAGUUUGGCUUCGAUAGCGCUCUUACUCGAAAUGGACAAGGUCGUGUGUUACAAAUUGCGAGCUCUCAACGACGACAACGACGUUUGCGAACCCGUUCCCGACAUGUAUUGGUUGCACACCUUCAGCAUGGCCACAAAAAUGGCCGACAGUUUGGUGAAAAGGACCGAACUCUCGGAUCGAAUGAUCGCCUUAGCCGGAGUACUAGGUGAGGACGUUCAACCGACGGCAGUACAAAAUGGCUUUUGGACGUUGAAACAAGACGAGCAAAUUAUGCAGUGGGCCGCCCAAAGACCGCAGGAUUGGCAAUUUGGAGGUAAAUGCGUGUCCUAUCUGUGGGGUUCGGACCGUCACGGUCAACUAGCCGAGCUGGGCUAUAGCGCAUCCUUUCCGGCCGCCGUCGAGUCCUUUUCCAUAGCGAGGAAGAUCGUUUGCGGUCAAAAUUGCACGUUCGUGAUCGAAGCCAAUGGCACGGUGCUGGCCUGCGGCGAAGGUAGCUACGGUCGCUUGGGACAGGGCAACUCCGACGAUUUGCAUUCGUUGAGCGUCAUCUCGAGCUUGCAGGGAUUCGUCAUCGUCGAUCUGGCGACGUCCGUCGGCUCGGACGGGCACAGUUUGGCUUUGGCCGAAAGCGGCGAAGUGUUUUCAUGGGGAGACGGUGAUUACGGUAAAUUGGGGCACGGCAACAGCGACCGCCAGCGCAGGCCGAGACAAAUCGAAGCACUGCAAUUCGAGGAAGUGGUCCAAGUGGCGUGCGGUUUCAAGCACAGCGCCGUCGUCACCAGGGACGGUAAGCUGUACACGUUCGGCAACGGUGACUACGGCAGGCUCGGUUUAGGUUCGACGUCGAAUAAAAAGCUACCGGAAAGGGUGACGGCGCUCGAAGGGCAAAAAGUCGGCCAGGUGGCUUGCGGUUUGAAUCACACGGCCUGCGUAUCGACCGACGGCAUGAGCGUUUGGACGUUCGGCGAAGGGGAUUACGGGAAGUUGGGUUUGGGUAACAUCACCACCAAAUCCACGCCGCAGUUAGUCGAAUCCCUAUGCAACGUCGGAAUAAAAAAAGUGGGUUGCGGAACUCAUUUGACCGUAUUUUUAACAAAUAGCGGAAAAAUCUACGUGUGCGGAAUAGAUCGCGUACCAUGGCAGACGCACAUGAGAGAACGUUCGGAUUACAGGCCUCACCAAUUGCCCGGUUUGGCCGAUUACGUUAUAGAAGAUUUUUCCGUGGGUACCGAGCAUUGCCUGUUUCUGACUACCUGCGGCAAAGUCUUCGGAUGGGGCAUGAACACCGAAGGACAACUGGGAUUGCCUCACGUGUCGUUGGUUAGGGAACCGGAAAUCAUAACGGAACUAUCGAAUAAGGGUAUCAUGCAAAUAUCCACGGGAAGGACGCACAGCGCUGCAUGGACGAGCGCACCUCUACCUUCUAAAAAUUUAAGAUAUAUGAAUUGUUUGAAUUUCGGCUUACCUACUGAAAUACCGCCGCAAUACAACUGUCUACAAGGCAUUUCCAUCAAAUCUAUUCAAUCCCGCUUGAAAUUCCUGUAUAAUUUCUCGGAUAAACUGUACUCCUGCUGGACUUUGAUGCCUCUGAGCGAUCAGCAACUCGACCUGCAAAUACCACCGCUAGAAGGGCUGGUGUCUUCCAAGUUGAGGACACUUCUCGCGCCUAGAGUGUACACCUUACCGUUCGUGAGAUGUAUUGGAAAAACUAUGGUUCAAGGAAAGAACUACGGACCUCAGAUUACAGUUAGAAGAAUAUCUCAAGACGGUCGCAAAUGUAAGCCGAUUUUCGUUCAAAUCGCCAAGCAAGUGGUAGACAUUAUGCCGAACGAAAUGAGGUUGCCGUCCAGGGCGUGGAAAGUUAAAUUGGUAGGCGAAGGAGCUGACGAUGCCGGUGGAGUUUUCGACGACACCAUUACCGAAAUGUGCCAGGAAAUCACCACCGGUGUGGUGCCCCUUUUGAUACCAACGCCGAACGCCCUCAACGACGAAGGAUUCAACAGGGACAAAUUUCUGUUGAAUCCCCAACUGACCUCGCAACAGCACCUGACGUGGUUCAAGUUUUUAGGAAUUUUGUUCGGAGUGGCUAUCAGAACUAGAAAACCAUUGGCCCUUCCUAUAGCGCCUAUGAUAUGGAAAUUAAUCGUCGGCGAACCGUUAACGGUGGAGGAUUUAGAGGAUACAGAUGCGAUGUACAUUCAGAGCCUAAAAAGUAUUAGAGACAUCCAUCUUUCCGGAGUAACUGCGGAGUACUUUCACGAUAUUAUACCAUUGGAAUGCUUUGAAGGUAGAAGUUGUACUGGAAAGCUUGUUCCGAUUGUUCAUGGCGGUCGAAAUAUUCCCUUCACGUUUGAAAAUCGUACGCAAUAUUACGAGCAAGCCGUAAGAUACCGAAUGCAGGAGUUUGAUAUGCAAAUCGCUGCUAUAAGAGAAGGAAUGGCUGGCAUCAUUCCAGUUCCUCUACUGUCUCUAGUCACCGCUGAGCAUAUGGAACAAUUAGUAUGCGGCAUGUCGCAUAUAUCUAUAGCUAUAUUGAAAAAAAUUGUUAGGUACAGAGAAUUAGACGAAAGCCAUCAACUGGUACAAUGGCUGUGGAAUAUUUUAGAAAAUUUCACGGACAAUGAAAAAGUAUUGUUUAUGAGAUUCGUUUCGGGGCGAUCAAGAUUACCUGCCAAUUUGGCAGAUUUGUCUCAACGAUUUCAGAUCAUGAAAGUAGAUAAAGCUGUGAAUGGCCUACCUACGGCCCAAACGUGCUUCUUCCAACUGCGUUUACCUCCUUACACGUCUCAGGAAAUAAUGGCAGAAAAAUUAAGAUACUCUAUCAAUAAUUGCAAAUCGAUAGAUAUGGAUAAUUACAUGUUGGCUAGGAACACCGAUCACGGUGUUGGUUCUGAUGACGAAUGGAACUGA